UUGCACAGCAGAAGUUUGUUGAGGAAAAUACAAACUUUCAAUAUUCUAGAUGCAAACAAAUAUCGGACAAUGUCUUGUGCGAGGCGCUUAAUUUAAGCAAAGGGUCACAUGACAAGGCAAGUCUAUGGCCUGCAGGUCCAUUUGCAAUUUCUAUGUCACAAUACGGGUGUCCAGAGUCUGGGAGUCGUGGAUGGACACAUAGCGUAUUAGAUUUGAGAAUUGAAAACAAUAAACCGGAGAAGAAGAGGCAAAUAAAGCUAUGUGUUAAAAUGCGAAAUGAUGCUGAACUUGACACCGAAAGUUGGAUUCCUGGAAGAUAUACCAUUUUCAAGAUUGGAGAGAAAUGCCCAACAGGUUUUAGAGAUAGAAAAAAACAAACAACCUUCUCUGAAUAUGAUUCGUACGGAAUCAUUCCGAACAUCUCAGUUUACGAGACAGGAAAAUCAAAGAUGAAGAAAUUGAGUAUAGCGACGUGUGACAAAAUCUACACAGAAUCAGAUGUAAUCGAAAGCAAUGUUACGUUUGGAAUGCUGAAAACAAAUUUCAAAUUGAUAAAGAAAGGAACCACGUGUCCAAUGUCCACUUCUUCUACAGAGCGAAAAUAUUUCUGCGGCAUUGUCCCAGUUGCUGAUGAUUUAGUUGACGGGGCGGCACAGUUGGUUUCGGGCUUCGACGUGUAUUGGAACCUUAAUUCAAAACGUAACGGUGUAAAAUUAAAGAAAAUUUACUGGGAAUGGUAUCAAAUUGACUUGCGGCGUUCUAUGCAUGUGUCUAGAAUUGAAAUGGUUUUCGAUGACAAAAACGAGCAAAAAUUCCGACAAUGCUGGCAUAGCGAGAUGAAUUGGGGAUUUCUUUAUGGUGAAGCACUGAAGUGCAUUUAUACAUACAAGAAUGAUCACUUGUUCUUAAGACAUGUUCGUGCUCGUUACAUCGCCUUGGAUUUUGAAGUCUUGACUUCAUCAUUGUCAGCAUCGAAAUCGCAACUGAUGAGUCAAGCAUCAUUUAAGAUCUAUACAGUGGAUCCGGAAUCCAUGGAUGGAGAAUUAUGUAAUGAAGAUCUUGGAAUGAGUGAUGGGAGUAUUCAAAAUAAUCAAAUAUUUGUCUCAUCAAGGUCAGAACGUUAUCAACCUUUCAAUUUAAGACCUUCCUCAGAUGGUUGGUGCAAUGAUAAAGUGAAGGAUGCAUAUCCCUGGAUUAUGGUUGAUUUAAUAGUAGUAACGAAAAUUGAAGGGGUUACAAUAUAUGCUUCAAAUGGAGCAAAUAUUCAUUCAAGAGGAAGCUGGGACUCAUUCUAUCUUCUGUAUGGGAAUCAGACAAAUAACUUAAACAUUUAUAGCAAAAAGUUGAAAACUGAUUUUGACCAAUCAACGUCUCGCAAGAAUAGAUCAUUUUUGCUUCAAAACUCAGUUACUGCACGUUUAAUCAAGUUGGAAUUAAAUGAAAGUGACGAGGCGGAAGAAAUAUGUCUUCAAUUUGAAAUUCAUGGGUGUAAACUUUCAGGAAUACCAAUCUCGCCGGAAUGUGUCCACAAAAUAAAAACACAUGUCAGUGAUACACACUACGACGAAAUCUCGGGGGACGGUGCAGAUUUCACUUUAUCAAGUGAUUAUUUGUCUAUUAACUAUUUCAACGAAUAUAAAGAUGAUACGACCAUAGAUCACUCAGCAGAUUAUGACGACAAUGUCAAAAAUUUCUCGCCACAGAUUGAACCAAACAAGGACUCAAUACAGAUUGACAUUAAACAUUUAACAGCUAAAACGUGUACGAUAGAUGCUGUUGACCUGUUUCCAAGUUUUAUAGAGGGUAAUACAACGAUAAUUACGAACGCAUUAUAUGUUCAAAAGGCUUCAGUAAUAAUGUCUAUAGGCUAUCCAUAUCUAACAGGAAGUGACUACUGUUAUUCAUGGAUAAUAGAUUUUAAUCAUCAGCACUAUGUGAAAUUAAUCUUCACAAACAUCACGCUGAACCAGUUGAACCAAAUG